AAUGCCAGCGGAUCAGAUUUCCUACUCUGAGAGAUACUACGAUGAUAAAUAUGAAUACAGACAUGUAAUCUUACCCAGUGAUAUUGCAAAACUUGUGCCCAAAAACCACUUAAUGACAGAGACUGAAUGGCGUAACCUUGGAGUGCAGCAAUCUCCAGGUUGGAUUCAUUACAUGGUGCAUUCUCCAGAACCUCAUGUAUUGCUGUUUCGUCGUCCAGUGCCAUUACGUGAAAAACCGCAGCAUGUGAACAAGCCAGGGGAGUAAUGGCUGAAUAUAUGUUAAAAUCUCCUGAAGAUGUGUAUAUGUCACUUACUCACUUGGCUAUCUUGCCACCAUCACCACCAGUAGCACCAGCAGUCAGCUACAACUGAAUUUCCCAGUGUAUUCUUUCAGACUGAAAUAUAUUUCUACUAGUAUUUAAAAUUGGAACAAAGGCAGUUCCUGAUUUAAUUCUAAUCCAAUAAUAGCAUCAGUAUUGAAUAAGUUUUUUUUUUUUUUUGUUUCGCUUUCCAAAUUAACCUUCAUUAGCUUGAAGUCAAGACAUCUUUGCUGGCUGCUGGUGUUUUCCCUGGAAAUGUUUCUUGUCAUAUGUUAAGUCUUUGCCAAGUGUUGUUUCACUGAAUAUUUUAUGUUUGAUCUCCAUUCCUUCUUAUAAAAACUGAACAAGACAAAUCAUAUCAACAUCAUACAUUUUUUUUUUUCAUUUCCAUUUUAUUUCCUUUUUUUAUUUGUUUUUCUAACACAGUUGCUCACAACCUGGGCAGCAGCAUUUCCUUAGGGCAUCAUAAGCUCUCAAAAGAACAGCAAAUGUCAAGGAGACACUAGUGUUUAGUGAAAUUAUAUUUCUUAGAAAUAAAAUAUUUAAACCAAAUACAAAA